UCAUGUCGGCCCGGUACUUCUCCUUAUACCGACCCGUCCCCAGCAGCUGGUCCAGGUCCAGCCCGUGUUCCUGAAUCCCAACAUAACAGCGGGUCACAGAAAACAGAAGCUUUCAAGUCAGAGGUUGAUCCGGUUUCUGGGGAGUCCCGAUACUGCGCUUUAGUGAAACGUGAACCACUGACUUGUGCAUACUGCCGUUUGAGCGGAGCGGAGAGGCGCAGGAUGCAGCAAACGUCAGGACCCAAUCUGGAGAGACCAAAAGCCAGAGAGACAACAUUUGACUUGUGCUGAACAGAAACAGACGAUUACACCGGCGGUGGAUUCAUGGCUCCAAGCUUUUGUGCCAGAAGGAAGCUCCGGUUCAGGCCAGAUACUUCCCUCCGGCUGAAGGAGCCAUGCUGCCUCCAGGAUGCUUCUCCGGCAAGGUGGCCUUCAUCACUGGAGGGGGGACCGGCCUUGGCAAGGCCAUGACCUCUAACCUCUCCACCCUGGGGGCCGAGUGUGUCAUCGCUAGCAGAAAGCUGGAUGUGCUGCAGAAAACUGCAGAUGAGAUUACCAAUCAAACUGGGAACAAGGUUCAUGCUAUCCAGUGUGACGUCAGAGACCCCCAGGCUGUCGCGGGCUGCAUGGACCGGCUGCAGGAGCUCACUGGCCUGCCUGAUGUGAUCAUAAACAACGCAGCAGGGAACUUUGUCUCCCCGUCGGAGAAGCUGUCGGCCAACGCCUGGAGGACCGUCACAGACAUAGUCCUGAACGGGACAGCUUAUGUCACCCUGGAGCUCGGCAAGCGGCUAAUCCAGGCUCAGAAAGGAGCAGUCUUCCUGGCCAUCACCACCAUCUAUGCUGAGUCAGGUUCUGGUUUUGUGGUUCCCAGUGCCGCAGCCAAGUCUGGAGUGGAGACACUGUGCAAAUCAUUGGCUGCUGAAUGGGGGCGGUAUGGUCUACGCUUCAACGUCAUCCAGCCUGGACCAAUCAGAACCAAGGGGGCGUUCAGCCGUCUGGACCCAACAGGAAUGUUUGAGAAGGCUAUGAUUGGUCGAAUCCCCACGGGCAGACUGGGCACACCUGGAGAGAUCGGCAACCUGGCAGCUUACCUCUGCAGUGACUACGCUAGCUGGGUAUCUGGAGCGGUCAUUCGGAUGGAUGGAGGCGAGUACGUCUCCAUGGCUGGGGAGUUUAAUGAGCUCAGGAGGGUGACACCAGAACAGUGGGCUAUGAUGGAAGCCAUGAUCAGAAGCACCAAGGGCUCCUAAAGAGAUCUCUCUCUCUCUCUCACAUACACUCAUGUGCACACACAAUUUGACAGGCUGGAGUCUCUGGACUGUGGUGCCAGCAAACCAGAAAGGGAGACCAUUUGAUUGGCAGAUGUCUGUUUUUUGGCCAGAUCAACCAAUCAGUUCAUGUUGUGAAUUCUGUACUUCUUGUCAGAGCAGAGAUCUGCCUCUGCCCUAGUCAACCUACACAUCCUGACUGGACAGAGGGUGCCUCCUUCUCCGUCCAUGUUGGUCUGAAGUGCCUGUCUGUCUUUGUCAUGUUUAUAAAGAAUUAAACAGUCUCAUCAGCAGAGCAUCCAUGAACACGCUCUCUGUUUGACCUCCUGUAAUGUUGAACUGGUU